AUGAAGAUACACGGGCAGGAGAGUCUUGGGGCAAACACACCAUCCAAGCACAGCAGCAGCCUUGCUCAGAGAAACCUCAAGCCCAGGGGGCUGGGCCAGACUCCAGAGGGCAGCCCCGCUGUGAGCACUUCCUGUGGGCCUCUGGGGCCGCCUGCAGAGGGUGAGGCUUCAGCUCACCCCACUGUCCAUGGCUGGGUCCUCUCCUGGGCCUGGCUUGCAUCUGGACACAAGGCCCCCUCUCCCUUUUACCCACUUUCAUUCCCCCAGAUCUGGAUGCUGAGACCCUUGGAGGUGAUCCUAGGAAGCACUCCUGCUGGAGCGGGAAGGGGGCAUGGGGGGAAGGAGAGGAUGACUGAGAGAGUUACUACUGUGGGCAUCUGGGAUUGA